AUGGUUUCUCAAGACCAAAGUAAGGACUUUGGCUCCAAAAAAAAUGGAGGUAAGGAGCUUGGAAUGGUAACUCCUCCAGACAAGCCCUUGAAGAAGAUGAAGUUUGUUUCAUCUGCUGAGACAGAACCAACCAGCACGACAACAAUUUCUGAGGAUUCAAAGUCAGGUCGAGGUAUGAGCACAAUGCCUCGUGUUGUGAAGAGAAAAUUGCAGAAAAUCAAGCCAAUUGUUGAGUACAAUAAAAGGGGGAAAGGAUGUGGCCCUGCACAUACUGAGAUGCAGUCCUACAUUGGUGUGUUGGCACGCUCCAGAGUCCCACUUGUGGACAAGAAAUGGGCUGAAAUCCCCAAGGAUAUAAAGGAGCAGAUUUGGGAAGCCGUUGACAUGGCUUUUGUGGUAGGUCAAGGGGGCAAUACCUCGGUGUUAUCUUCUGCUGCCAAGAAAUGGAAGGAUUUCAAGUCUACACUGACGAGGCAUUAUAUCCUUCCAUACAUCAAGGAGAGGGAGAAAUUAAGCCAACCCCCUGAUAGCUGUGGGGAGAUGUGUACCAAAUACCAAAUAAGAGAGUCCAUGUGA